GCAAAAACCUUUGUCUUUUCCAGCUUCUACAAAUAAAAUUGAACUAAAUGGCAUCGCCCAUGGAUGAAUCUAACAUGUACAGUGAUGCAGUGUUUAAGUCCAUAUAUGUAAAAAUCGAGCCUGUACUUGACGAUGAGCUCAACAGCAAUGACCUUAAUAGCAUGGCAAUCGAGUUUGAUUUAAAAUUAGAUAGAGAUAAAAAGAAAACUGAGAAUGUGUCAAAAACUGAUGCAGUACAUCAAAAUUGGAAUAUGGAAACCGAUCAAAGAUAUAUGGAAAAACUGAAUAUGGAACCUAUCAAUGAUACAAAUGCCACAGAAGUGACAGAGAAACAAGAUCCUUUAGAUCAGUCAAUUGAAAUAAAAAAGAAUUAUUUGUACCCUAAAUGUGUAAUUAAUGAAACUACGGAACUGAUCAAAUUACGUGAAACUGAUGCUUCACAGAAAAGAAAUAAUGAUAUUGAAAAAGACUUAAAAGAUAACGACAAAAAAUUCAAAUGUGAAAUUUGUGACACACGGGUAAAAAACAAAAAGAAUUUAGAAAAACACAUGAAAUUACACAAUGGCGACAAACCAUUUGUGUGCGAACUUUGUAACAAACAAUUUAGAGAGAAACAUAAUUUACAGACGCACACACGGAUUCACAGUGGAGAGAAACCAUACAAAUGUGACUUUUGUAACAAAUAUUUUGCUGAUAAAAGUAAUUUGCAACGUCACUUACGUGUGCACGAUGUAAACCACAAAGCUAAAAAAAUUUUCACAUGUGAUAUUUGUUCUAAAACAUUUAUUUGGAAUAGCUGUUUGAUUAAACAUCGUCGGACGCACAUAGAUCAAGAUGUAUAUACAUGUGAGAUUUGUAGCAAACAAUUCAAGGAAAGAAACAACUUCUUCUCUCACAUGCAAGUUCAUACAGGAGAAAAACCUUUCCAGUGUCCGGUUUGUAACAUGUAUUUUCCUGUCAGAACCAGUCUAGACUUUCAUUUAUUAAUCCACAGUGACACAAAACCAUUUGCUUGUGGUGUUUGUGGUAAACAAUUUACAAAUAAGCGAGGAUUACAAAAGCAUGAAUACCAUCACAGUGAUGUAAAACCAUUUAAGUGUGAUAUUUGCAACAAGGAGUUUACACAGGAAGUCAAUCUGACUAAUCAUAGGAGGAUUCAUACUGGAGAGAAGCCAUUUAAAUGUGAAACAUGUAACAAACGGUUCACACAUUACAGUGCAUGGCUACGUCACAAUUUCAUUCAUACAGGAGAAAAACGUUACAAAUGUGAAGUUUGUGACCAAGAUUUUACAAGACGGAGUAGUUUGGUACGUCAUCAGUUUACACAUACUGGAUACAAACCUUUUUCGUGCGACGAGUGUGAUAGAAAGUUUGUGCAAAAACAACGGUUUCUUGAACAUAACUGCGGACGGAAAGCUAAAAUUAAAUAUUCAGAUAAUGAUGAACAAUAUCAUACAUCACACGAAAAGAAAAUAAAAAAGACUAUUUCGGAUAGACCAAGGCGGCAAACAAGACAAAGGAAAUAUUCUGAUUACGCUACAGACGAGUCUGAAACUGGUGAGGGCAAUGUUGUGUGGUGUAACUGCAUGUUUUGGUCUGUAACUAAUAUUGAUCUACAUACUCACGUCUACAAAAACUUAGCAAUGUCUGACCUGGAAAUUAAAGCUGAGGAGAGAAGGUCUGAUGACAGUUCUGAUAGCAUAUACAUGAGUAUAAAAAUGGAACCAGAAUCAGCAGACGAUGAAGAACGGAGUCGAGUUAUAAAGAAAAAUCCUGGAGGCUCAGAACACAGCUAUCUAGACUCCGAUUGGGAGGUACAAAUUAAAUUGGAAACUCUGGAUCAAGAAGAAGAAGAACAAAUAACAGUUGAACCAGAUUUAUAUGAACAUGAGGUCAAGGAAGACCCAACCCUUGCAGCGUUGCAACAGCCUGAGAACUCUUGCUACGAUAUCAAUGUAGAUUUUAUAAGUGACAGUGAACAAAUAGACGAUGCGUUGCAAGAAGAAUUGUCAAUCCAAGAGAGUGGUAGUAAAGGAAAGAAAAAAUUCCAAUGUCGAACUUGUCUGAAAUCAUUUUGUUCAAAGCAGUAUUUAGGUCAGCAUGAGAUAAUACAUACGGGAGAAAGGCCGUUUGUAUGCAAGAUCUGCGGCAGGAGUUUUACCAAGAAAGAUUAUUUACGUAGACACACAUGGACUCAUACGGGUAAUCAGUUCACGUGCAACAUUUGCAACAAAGGGUUUGCUCGUAAGGAAUCUCUUAAAAGCCAUGAAAUGAGUCACACUGGCGAAAAAACAUUUAUGUGUAACAUUUGUCACAAAUAUUUUACGAGACAGCAGAAUUUGAAUUUACAUUUGUUGCAUCAUAGCGGCGAGAAACCAUAUGCCUGUAACAUUUGUAACAAACGAUACACUUUGAAACGGAGUCUUAACGCUCACGUGUUGAGACAUACAGCUGAAAGAACAUUCGCAUGUGAUAUUUGUAACAAAAGCUUUAUGGAUAAACAUGGUCUCAAGAAUCAUGCAAGGAGUCAUACCGGAGAAAAACCACAUUCAUGUAAUAUUUGUAACAAACGUUUUACAAGAAAACAUAACCUUAAUUUGCAUUUAAAGGCUCAUACCGGUGAGAAACCGUUUGGAUGUGAUAUUUGUAACAAGCAUUUUAUAGAUAAACAAUAUUAUAAACAACAUUUAUUGACUCAUAGUGAAGAGAAAAAGUUCGUAUGUGAUAUUUGUAAGAAAUGCUUCUCUAUUAAGAAGUAUCUUAAAAAACAUUUAAUGAAGAAGCAUUCUAGGCUUGUCCAUGGAAGAUCAAAGCGAGUUAUUAAAUAA